GCCUUGUGACCACGGCAAUGCACCCACCGUCAAUUGUUAGCGACGCGUUGUGGAAAUGUCUGUGUCCGUCGUUCCAACCAGGGCCGGCACUCUGCCGACUUUCUCGUGGUCGACUGCAACGCGCGAUUCAAUCUGUACCUCCGAAACGUUCACUGGGCCCAGCCUCCCCGACAGCCCAAUUGCGUGCCUACACUACAGCUGUAGGGAGGCAAACAAGUGCCCCGGGCAUUAGCCAUGGCUUUGAUCGCUCUAUUGGGUCUUCGAGUGCCCGCAAGCCUUCCCUGGUCCAUCUGCCCACACCGGAACUCUACGAGCGUCUUCGCAGUGAUGCCGCCGCUGGCCGCCAUGCGGAGGUUAUGAACAUUAUUAAGAUCCUCUUGAAAGAUAGGCGGGAGCGGCCUAAUGUAGUGCUAUACGCUUCUAUAUUGCACAGUUUUGUGAGCCCAGAGGAUGGCACAGCAGGAAAGAUUAGGAAAAUCUUGGACGACAUGGGAGAGGACGGCAUAGAGCUCGAUGCUACCACCUGUCAUUUCGUUCUGGAGGCGCUCGCAGUCCAUCCAGACUACCUACUGCGCUCCGAGAUUCUCGAAUAUAUGAAGGACCGGUGGCUUACGUUGACAGACAAGGGGCACAAUUUCGUCAUCGCAGGCCUGCUGCGUGAUCGCCUGUUUGAACAAGCUUUGGAGAAGAUAGACGACAUGGUGCAGCAGCGCAUACCUGUGGCACCAUGGCUCUACGACACCGCCAUGUACAUGCUGCUUGAUUACGGAGAGGUCGAGGAGGCGCACCAAUUGCUACUGCUGCGGCAGAGCUCUGGACUUGGAAAUUUGUCUUACACACUUUGGAUGCACCUCCUUGACUGCGCCAGCAAGCUCCAUCAUGUUGAAGCAGUGAAUCUCGUUUGGAAUGCGCAGGUGGUCCCAUCAUACUUGAAGCCAUCGACUGGCACGUGUCUGAAUGUGUUGAAUGUGGCAGCCCGCAUCGGGAACGUAAAACUUGCGACCGAUGUAUUUCGUGUCCUGGCCGAACGUCAGACGGUGUUCAAUGUGCACCACUAUGAACUGCUGCUGGAAACAUAUCUCAACGCCAAAGACCUAAAUGCCGGUCUCUCAGUCAUUCUCAUUAUGCAAGAAGGUGGAAUCAAGGUCGACGAAAUUGCCAUCAAUCCGCUCUUCGCGUAUCUAAACCAAGACGAUUCAAGACCCAUGGAGGCUUUCGAUAUCCUUCAGAGCUUCGAGCACAGUGGUCGCAAAGUUCCAACCUCGGCCAUCAAUGUUUGCAUACAGGCUUCGGUGCACCGCGGAAGGCUGGAAGAAGCGUUGGAAAUAUACAAGGCGCUCCACACGGUUAGUCAGGCAGGACCAACCACGGCGACGUUCAACAUUCUCUUCCAAGGCUGUCAUAGAGCUGGACGUAAAGAACUCGCCAUGUUUCUGGCCUCGGAAAUGAUCCAGCUUGGUGUUGUGCCAGAUGCUUUGACUUACGAUCGUCUUGUCCAUGUGUGCUUAAGUGUUGGAGAUGUGGAAGGGGCCUUCCAGUAUUACGAAGAGAUGAGAGGGCAAAGUUACAUACCCCGUAGAGGGAUGUUGGAGAUGUUAAUUGAAGAGGGCUGUGAAGAUGGAGAUGCAAGGACGCCUGCAGUUCUGAAGGACAUGGAAGCUAUGGGCAUCACUCCCAAAAGGCUGCAUAAGACUGCGGUGUCCGCUAGGUUCGCCGCUGCACCUAGUACGGGAAAUGAAGACGCUUUAGCUGCAUGAUGUAGGCACAUAUAGGAAUACAAAUAUACGAAGCUCCGCG